AUGGUGGUCUGGGUUCAGUUCCCGGCGUUUCCAGUGCACUUCUAUCACAAAGAGGUCCUGUUCUCGUUAGGGAACAUGAUUGGUAGACCGAUUAAGCUAGAUUACCACACACAGCAUCAACAGCGUGCCAAAUUUGCCAGGAUGGCAAUAGAACUCGACUUGUCCAAACCCCUGGUGACACGCAUUCGUUUGGAUGGCCAAUGGCAGUAUAUCGAAUACGAGAAUUUACCGACGGUCUGUUUUGAGUGCGGACGAGUUGGCCACACGUCGCUCACCUGCCCUAAUCUGUACCCAAAUCCGAAAGACGUGGAAUCCGGAGCUGGACGACCGCCACCGGAAGGCCAAUCGGCGACGACACCGGAGGAGAAGGCAGGAUUUGGUCCCUGGAUGUAG